CGUUGAAAACAGACACAAACAAGGAAUUGUACCAGAUAUUGUAGAUCGCAAAUAAGCGUUUUCUUUGUGGUCAAUUAUAAAAUGUUUAAAUAGAAUGUAAUACGAUAAAUUUGAUGUAACAUAUGUGUGCAUAACAGAAAAUAAAUACUUAUAAAUAAUAUAUAUAAUAUAAUUAAUAUAUACAUGUGUAUAUAUAAUCGUGCAAUAUAAACUGGUCUCAGAGAUUUUACAAAACGCAAGCGCAUUGCAUUUAGAACAGGAAACAGUAGCUGUUGCAUAAAAAACAACACAGCGCACACAUAACUGGAUAUAACAAAAUGACCGAGUUUAUCGAGAUACACAUACAGAAGAAUCUUAACCACCGCCUUCCACGGAGCAUCGACAGCCGGCAGGAGAUCUUUGGCACUAGCGAUGCACGCGACAGACAUAGAAAGCUGGACUUAUUUCGCGACAUGAUCGGUGCCAGUGUUAAUUUGGCGUUACGCGAUAAAUCUUGUUGUAUGGAUACAAAUUUCUUAAAUCGUUUCCUAUACGCAAAGAAAUUCGAUUGCGUAGCAGCUUUAGACUUACUCAUCAAAUAUUUUUUAUUCAAAGAGAAUAAUAAGCAUAUUUUACAAAAACUCAGUAUUUUCGAUGAAAACAUACAAGCUACCUUGAGAGAUGGCAAUCCAUCCGUAUUGAAGCAGCGUGAUCGUAAGGGGCGUAAAGUUAUAACGUUCGCCGCUGCCAAUUGGGAUACAACUAAAUAUAGCAUGGAGGAUGUGUUCCGUGCGUUGCUACUGUCAUUGGACAAAUUGCUGGAGAAUGUGGAGAAUCAGGCAUUGGGAUUUGUGGUGAUUGUGGAUUGGACGAACUUCACAUAUAAGCAAUCGAAGCAUAUAUCAGCUAAAACGCUUAAAUUGAUGAUUGAAUGUUUGCAGGAUUGUUUGCCCGCAAAAUUUAAGGGCAUACAUUUCAUUGGCCAACCCUGGUAUGUGGAUGUGAUGUUAAGAGUAAUAAAGCCAUUCUUAAAUGAUAAAAUCAAGAGACGCCUACUAGUACAUGGCACCAAUUUGACUAGCUUACAUAAUAUGGUCAGCAAAGAUAUUUUACCACCCGAUUUGGGUGGCGAAGGUCCGACAAUUAAUACAUUGGACUGGUAUCAUUAUCUGUUGGAGUCAAGCCAAAAUUCGGAAUUGAGAAAGACGUAUAGACUAAUUGAAGCGACAGUAUAUUCAAAAACAGCGGAUUGGCAGAAACCUGUAGCCAUUGCAAAUGGAACGCAAAAAAUCGAAUCGAAUGGAAACUUAAUUAAUAUUAAACAAAUCUCAUGACAAUGUAGACUUUUAGUUUUUAUAAUAAAUAUUUUUAGUAAUGCACCUCACUUUGUAUUAAAAUGUGAAUGUAUUUGUAGAACUUAGCAUUUACCCUUAUUUUUUGUAUGGUUUUAUUAUUUUUUGUCCUAAUCAUGUUAUUUGUAGACUUUUUAGUUUAAGCGUGAAUUGUUCUCGACAAUAUAAUGA